AUAAAAGACCCCGGUCACAAUUUGAGGAUCUACGGUAGUUGUAUAUAUUAGAUUUGUAAUGUCCAGUGUCCAUGUUGUACAUUACAUUGUUAUAAUUAUAGCAGAUUGUGAUUUAUAUUGUAUUGUGAUUUCUAUAUAAAAAUGCAUUAUUAUUAUUUAUUACUAUUAUUGUAUUGUGAUUCGAUUAUUUUUACCCUAUUAUUUUGAUUUCUUAUUCCCAAUUUCCAGAGAGGAGUGUCCAAAACGCUCCCGGGCCACAGGGGUGUGCGAUUUCCCGGGCCACAGGGGUUUGCAAAAAGGUGGUCAGCACAUUCUCAUACAGCUGGAAAAAGCAGAAGGCCCUGAUGACAGCACAGAGUGAGCUAAGCCUGCCCCUGCACAAGCUCAUCACAGAAUCUCCGACGAGGUGGGGAUCUCGUCUGAAGAUGAUGGAAAGAGUCCUGGAGCAGGAAAAGGCCAUUACACAGGUCCUGGAAGGGGACAAAAAGACACGGCACCUUGUACCUACCUGGCAAGACAUCCAGGUCUUGGAAUCUGUCACAGCAGCACUGAAGCCACUCCAGGACUUUACAGAUGCCCUGUCAGGAGAAGCAUAUGUGAGCGUGUCCUAUUUGAAGCCUGUCAUCAAUCUGUUAAAUGCAGAGGUUCUGAAUCUGAGCGAGGACGAUACAGAACUGACCAAAGAGAUCAAGAUCAAGGUUCUCGAUUACUUGAAUGACAAGUACACUGACCCUACAACAGAUGAGCUGCUCUCCAUGGCUACCUUUCUAGACCCAAGGUUCAAGACCAGGUACAUGUCCGCUGAGAAACUGGAGGACAUUAAGGUGAAAGCUGCCUCAGAGACUGAAGCCCUCCUGGUGGAGAACACAGCCCUGGGAAAAUCGUCUCUUGUAGAAGAUCACACUGACAGGGAGAAAGAAGCUGCCACUGCUCCUCAAUCAGCCAAGAAGCCCAAGAAGAGCCUUGGGAGCUUCUUUAAGCAGACCAGCAGUGCACCUGCCUCAUGUUCAGAGAGGCAGAUCAUUGAGCAAGAGCUGAACAGCUACAUUCUGGCGAUGGCAGCAGACAGUGAGUCUGAUCCUUUGGAGUGGUGGCGAUUUCACGGAUCAAAUUUUCCACGUGUGAGUCGUCUGGCAAAGAAAUACUUGUGCAUCCCUGCCACAAGUGCCCCCUCUGAGAGGGCAUUCAGCACUGGGGGCAAUGUGGUGACAUGUCACAGGGCAGCACUAAAGCCAGAAACAGUCAACAUGCUGGUAUUCCUGGCACAGAACUUGUAA